UGAAAAAUUCCAAAAAGGAGAAGGGAAGGAAGAAGAAAAGUAUAUUGAUGUAGUCAUCAAUAAAAAUAUGAAGCUGGGGCAAAAAGUUUUGAUUCCAGUAAAACAAUUCCCCAAGUUCAACUUUGUGGGAAAACUCUUGGGUCCACGUGGCAAUUCUCUAAAGCGCUUACAGGAAGAAACUCUGACCAAGAUGUCUAUUUUGGGAAAAGGUUCUAUGAGGGACAAGACAAAGGAAGAAGAGUUGAGAAAAAGUGGUGAGGCAAAAUACUUCCACCUAAAUGAUGACCUGCAUGUUUUAAUUGAAGUCUUUGCUCCACCAGCAGAAGCAUAUGCCAGAAUGGGACAUGCGUUGGAAGAAAUCAAGAAGUUCCUCAUCCCUGACUACAAUGAUGAAAUCAGACAGGCACAGCUUCAAGAAUUAACGUAUUUGAAUGGUGGUUCUGAAAAUGCAGAAGUUCCAGUUGUUCGAGGAAAACCAUCUAUUCGGGCAAGGGGAGUACCAGUUCCUGCUUUGUCCAGGCUGUGUCUGGGAAGUUCACUGCUCACCCCUGCCCCCACUACAAUGAAGUCAAAUAAGCAGCUGGUACCCUGUGCUGAGGAGGCAUUCUACAGAUUAGCCAAAACCAAGGGCCGUGGAGGAGUCCCUCCGCCACCAGCAGGAGUACCAAGAGGGGCACCAGCACCAAGAGGAGUGCCUCCCAGUAGAGGACCAGUCAGUCGCAGCCGUGGACUUUUGGCACCCCGUACGAGAGGAGUGCCUCCACCUGCAGGCUAUCGGCCCCUUCCACCACCUCCAGCGCAGGAGACUUACGGUGAAUAUGAGUAUGAUGAUGGUUAUGGAACUGCUUAUGAUGAACAGAGUUAUGAUUCCUACGAUAAUAGCUAUAGCACUCAAGCACAAAGUGGAGUCAAUUAUGUUGACUAUGGGCAUGGACUGAAUGAAGAAACGUAUGACUCUUACGGGCAAGACGAAUGGACCAACUCAAGACACAAGGCACCUUCGGCAAGGACAACAAAAGGAGUCUACAGAGACCAGCCAUAUGCCAGAUACUGAUUGUACUGUCUGAUGUUGUGAAAUAUCCAAUCUCCACCAGUCCUGUAUACUGUUCAAAGAAACCCAACUCCCUGGAGAGCCAGGAGAACAAAAACCUUAAUCUUCUGAUGCUUUGGGACUUCUGCCGUAUUAAUUACGGACGGCUUAGAGCAUUGUACUGGUCAGCGUACCUAGGCAACGAGACUGGCUUCGGAAUAUGAAAAUCCUGCUCUGUAUCUCUUGUAUGAAAGCCUUAAAGUGUAUAACAUUAUAGACUUUUUAAAAUAAUUGUAUAUAAACCCUUGAUUGUUCAGUGACAACAGUAUUUUAUUUGGAUCUCAAUAAAAAAUUUACAUUUCAGUUCUUGUAACAAGCAAUAACGCAACCUCAUGUUCCUUCAGUGACUUUUUUAGCCUUAUGCAGCAAGCGUGAGAGAGAGUGUGUGAAGUCUCAUGACUAAAGUUUAAAUACGCUUUUGGAAAUAGCUUGUCUAACGUGUGAGCAACAUGGAUAAGUUAAAAUGAAGAGCAGUGUUUCAUGCUGAAGCCUUUCAUUUUCCUAUUAGCUGAUUGUAAACAGGCCUGCUCAAAACAAGGCUCCUCGUUAGAAAUAAUACUCCAACUUCCAUUUCCUUCAGAAACUUGUUAUAUGACAUGAGCAUAUUUUAAUGCCUGUUGACUAUAGUGUACUGCUUAUUCUCUUUCACUCGGUCUUUGCAUAGAAAUGCUUUCUCUUCUAAUGUUAUACAAUCACCUGUUUUCUAGUGGUAGAAUCUUCAAUGAGGCUUUUAUGCCUUGAUAAGUCUUGUAUCCAACAGUCAUAUUUCCUCAGUGCUUUCUCUGUUUUAUAUUAAUUGUGGUUGUGAUAAUUUGUAACAGAAAUAAACUUCUGGUAAUUUAA